AUGGCAGAAACUUUUUCCUCUUCCCAUAAUUUACAAAUGUCGUCUUCCAAACAAUCUUCCUUGUUUGGUUAUUCUUCCACAAAAACUUCACCAAAUAGCCAACCAAAUUCCCCUGCUGAUUCAGCAAUUGGCACAGCUUCAGAUUCAAUGCAAAGUCCCCCACCAAAUAAUUUAUUUUCUUCUCCAAAACGUCCAAUUCCACUUCCAAGGAUUGUUCCUCUACCGUCUCCUCAACCAUCAUUAAAUCUUAAAACUAACACAGAUUCUUCAUAUAAUCAAGCACCGCCUAGACCACCAAAGAAAACAGCAGGUGCGCGGAAUUUUACAAAUAAAAGAAGAAUUGGGCUUUCGGUUCCAAUAUUAGAAAGAAUUGUGUGUGAAAGGGAUUUUGAGAAAAUUAUAAAAGAAACGGAAAUUCUCUCUGCGGGACCUGAAACAAGCCAAAAAGAAAUAAUUGCUGAAUCUAGAUUAAGUCGAGAAUGUCUUUUACCGAAAAAGAAGGAAGAUGAGGGAAAUGAAGAAGAAGGAGGGAUUUUGGAGGAAGGAAUAGUUGAGAAUAAACGUUAUUAUUUAUUCGAUCCGCUUCGUCACGAAUAUCGCCUUUAUUAUGCCCGUGAAGUUCGACUUCGUAGUGAAACUAAUUUAAAUACAAUUGGAUUGGAUGAAGAUAACGAAAUAAAUAAAAAUGAAGAAUUUGGAAAAGGAAAAAUAAAAUUAUUUGAGAAGGAAAGCAAAACCAUUACGGAACCCCCUAAAAGAAGGCACAGUGCAGGGGCUUCUGCCCGUAUUCGAAGACCUGUUCCACCUCCGAAUAAAAUUCAACAAACAUCAAUGAAUGAGUUAAAAAUGAAUGCAAAUAUUGGACAGAAUUUAACAACAAAUCCAAUCCAAAACAGAAACGAAGCAGAACAAAAAAGGGUUUUCCAACCUUUACCGCUUGGUGCAUUUGAGAGAAAUACAAAUAUGAGAAAAGCAAUCUCUCCAACAAUUUCGAAGUACUUCAGACCUUCCCAGACGUACUCAAUGGUCUGGAAAUGCUAA